AUUCCGCCUCCUGACAGCUACUUCCGGUCAGCGUUCUCUCUGCGGGGGGAGGGGAGGCGAGUGGCGUAGCUUCCGCUAUGCGCCCCGCCCCCUCCCAGCUCCGUUUCCGGUCUUGCUAAGGGGGGCGGGGGAGGGGUGACGGUCAGAGUCGAGUGGCUGCGCGCGGGCCUGCAGCGACCCGCUCCCCUCGCUCUGGAGGAGGUUCUAUUGAUCUCUGAAGGUCAGGGCUUGAGCCCUGCUGGAUAGAAAAGCUGUCUUUUCACAGCCAUGCUAACUGCGGGAUGAAGCUAGAGGCUGUCGUUGAGCAGCUGCAGAAGCAGCAGCAGCAACAGCAGCAAGGUCCUCUGCAGAUGGAUUCCAGAGAGAGACAGCAGAGGCAGAUGAGAGAAGCCCAGCUGCUUUAUACUCAGCAGCUGGCAGCACAGCAGGCUGUUCUAGCAGCCACAUCUGGCAGGGUUUCGGGCAGCCAAGCACUUGGUCCUUUGGCUAAAGUUCCACCUGUAGUUGGGGCCACCCGAGCUUUUGAUCACAGCAGUGUGACCUCAGAGCCGGAAGAUGAUGAAGAAGAGGAUGAAGAAGAAGAGGGUUUGGAAGAUGGAGAUCUUGAGGAGGACACUGAAAUGACUGGGAAAGAUGCCUGUUCUACUUUGAAGUAUUUUCAUUCUCAGAAAGUUUCCCAUCACAACCAAAGAGUGGCUUCUACUUCGAAUCCUCUUCCAGCCCCGGAACUUCAGCGGGGACAGCAGGAAAAGGACGGACAGGGUAAAGACACUACUAAACAAUCAUAUUCUGGUUCCCCAUCUGGGCGGCAGACCUGGAGAAUGGAUGAGCAGCUCAAGCAGAAUGGAAGUCUGACUUGGAGCGAAGAAGCUGACGGAGGCCGAGGAAGAGAAAUCUCUCGAGAUUUUGCCAAGCUGUACGAACUGGAUAGUGACCCUGAACGGAAGGCGUUCCUGGAUGACCUCUUCAUCUUUAUGCAAAAGAGAGGAACUCCCAUCAAUCGGAUCCCCAUCAUGGCGAAGCAGAUCCUGGAUCUCUAUAUGCUCUACAAACUGGUGACUGAGAAGGGAGGGCUGGUGGAAAUCAUAAAUAAGAAGAUAUGGCGGGAGAUCACCAAAGGCCUUAACCUGCCCACCUCCAUCACCAGUGCAGCGUUUACACUUCGGACCCAGUAUAUGAAGUACUUAUAUGCCUACGAAUGUGAGAAGAAGUCCCUAAGCUCUCCUGCCGAGCUGCAGGCUGCAAUCGAUGGCAACAGGCGGGAAGGCAGACGGCCCAGCUACAGCUCCUCCUUGUUCAGUUAUUCACCCACCGCCACGGUGCCUCCUUCCCUCCUGUCUCCUCCAAAGAUCCGCUUCCCGAUCAUUGGCCUGGCCCCAGGCAGUGGAACCAGCAACUCCCGUCUCUCUCCAGUGGCAGCUCUCAGGAAAGGCGAUGGUAUCCCCCUGACUGUGUCCAUGCCAAAUCGCAUUGCCAUGCCAGUGACCUUGGCUAACCAGCAGGCAACUGUAGCAGCAAGGACAGCCACUCUGGAACAGCUGAGGGAGAGGCUGGAGGCUGGAGAGCCGCCGGAGAAGAAACUCUCGCGGAUGACGGAGGAGGAGCAGCGGCUUGUCCAGCAGGCACUUCAGCGCAACCUGUUCAGCAUGGCGCGGCAGAUCCCCAUGAAGAUCAAAAUCAAUGGCAGGGAAGAUAAACCAGAUGCCACGGCGGCGGCAGCAGCAGCAUUGCAUUUGUCACCCAGCGGCAUUGGGAGUAUUAACAUGUCUGUGGAGAUUAAUGGCACAAUCUAUGCUGGAGUACUGUUUGCCCAGAAGCCCGUCGUCCAUCUAAUUGCAGGAUCCAGCACCCAAAGCACCUGCAGUAGCAGCAGCAGUUCCCACUGCUCUCCUAGCCCGACCUCAUCCAGGGGCACCCCCAGCGCAGAGCCCUCAACCAGCUGGUCUCUCUGACGGAUGGGGGAGUGGGCUCUCUCUCUCAUUGGCCUCAGGCAGCUCUGCCCUCUCCGUUCAAGGCAGAGAGCAAGCCAGGAAGGAGUCGCACAGAUUACCUCAUCUCAAGGAACCUGCUUUGCGGUUGGUCAAUGGCCAGACGAUGAAACCUUCUGUGCUGGCACGUUUGCAUUGCCUGUUUGUCCAGCCUUUUUUAUUAUUUUUUCAGGUUUGACUGUGUUCCUGCUGGGGGGUUGGGGUGAAGGGAAGGGGACAUGCGGCAUUUUUCAAUCAGGGAUUGUCUCUAGGGGCUGUGGGUUUGCAGAUGACUGAGACAUCAUCAUGGCAGGUGGAAGGAGCAAGGAGGUAGUAAUUGGGGUGGGGGAAGGGUUCCUGUUCUCUAAUCAACAGUUGCGUGGACUUCCCUAUUGUAACACAGUGUAUUGACAAUCCUACCCCCAGAGGGACUUUGGUCCCUUUUCCCCUUGUAUUUGUUCCCUCUUGUGGUCACUUGCAGAGCAGUCGUGCAGGUAGAUAGCGAGCAAGUCUCAUCUAGUUGCCCAUUCUGUCUCCACUGUGUUCAGCCUCCUGAUGCUGUCUCCUUUGUGUUAGACUAGGCUGAAGGGCAAAUGGUCACUAAUGCUGGAUUCACAGGAGACUUGCAUGACUUCUUCCUCCUUUGGCAACUACCUCUCUAGGGUCCUGGCAGCACACAGAGGACUCUCCCACCUCUGUUUUUGAUACACAGAGAUGGAGAAGGUCUUUUAGUCCAGCUAGUCGUCCCCCGUGGCCAGUGCAAGCCUGGACUCUACUGUUUUUUCCAGGUCUUUGCCCAGCCUAGUUUUGAAUGCCCCAAGCAAUGACCCUUGCACUGCUUCCCUUGGGGGAGCGUUGGACAGGCUAAAUAAACUCACCACUGAAGCCUUUAUCCUUAUAGUCAUCCUGACUUUUCUUUUGCUUGAUGUUUGCUCCUAGUUCUAGCCCCUUGGCCCUCGAUAGAACUGGGUUUGCACCAAAUGUUGAUUUCCUGCAGCGCUUCCUCUCCUGUAUGUUUCAUUAGCCUCUCCAUUCUGUCCCCACAUGUCGGCUACGGGCCACUGUCACCCAAAGGAGAUACGAGGUGACGCUGACAAUCUGCUGAGCUGUGUGUGUGUGUGUCUAUUCAUAUAAUACACACUUUUCUCAGUUGGGCUCUUACCAGGUAUCUUGCAGCAUCGUCCGAAUCACAGCCAUCAUUCAUGAAGCUCACCUGGGCAAAAGGGAUAGAAGAGCUGGACCUGGGACAGCUCCACAUGGGUGCAUCCCAGUUGAAUGAGGACACAGGUCUCUGGUUGCGGAGAGGGGGAAGAAAAUCUCCCCCCAUUCCCAGUAAAUUCCCAGUGGGUGGAGCUAGGGCUGCUUUAGGCCAUCAUUCCUCCUUUGUCAGCCAAGUUAGUUCCUUGGCUCACUUCCAUAGAUACAGCUCUUUGCUGCUGCACUCCCCACACACAGGCACCCGUGCUGUCCUCUCCUCUCCUGCAGCACAUAGGACUGCCCGGGCGAUGUUCUCACAGCCUGUGGAUCUGAGCCCUCCCGCUACCGCUCUGGUGAUGUCUCUUCCAUCGUGCAGGCCUGAGUCAGGUUCUUUUGAGCAGAUGAAAUACCUCAGAUAUGGACUUGUUAUUGUGUUACCUCUUCAGGAAGUAUUGGCAUAUCUUAAAGCUUGUUUUUAUAUGUGUUUUGCUGACUUUGUUUUUAAUUUUUAUUUUUUAUUGUAGCACCAAAGACAACAAAGCUGAGUGAAGGAGCAGGUGGCUUCCCUGUCCUUAGCAUAGCCUGGAGACAGUUCCAGCAGCAUUGACCCAGGAGCUGGGCAUGCGGACAGGGCGAUAGAGGAGGACAGAUGCAGGUAGAGAAGGACUAAGAGGGCAGAUUUAUUUCUCAGGCUGGCUUGAGUUCCAGGAUUUUCCCUCAGUAUGAACAGUGGAGUGUCCCCAAGGGGGACAAGUGGUCCCAAUGUGUGUUACAGAACUCUGUGAUCUAGUACUGGGCUUAUCUUUAGCAAGUUUUAUUAGAACAGCUUUGAAGAUAACAAGCCUGUCUACACUACAGAUUUUGCUAGACCUCUUACAGCACGGCAGUUCCUGACAUGUUAAAGUACAGUUCACUCUUCUAGUGUGGGCAGGACCAAAACCUGAAUUGUGCUGCAGCUUUGGAUUGUACCGGUAGGAUUUGGUCACACAGAUAAAAAUACACCUGAGUCCUGUUUAUGCAAUGAGACCAAACCAUGUUGUGUGCUAUCGUAUUGUACCCAAAUGGUGAUUGUGGUAGCUUUUCAUGGAGCAGACAGGACCUAAAUACUGGAAGGUGUUCUAGGUUCUGCUUUUACUUAUGUUGUAAAGACCUAUGUUACCAAACUCUGCAACCAUCCCCAUAUUUAGGGGGUUGAAAUACAGUUUGGUAACACAAGUCUAAACCACAUUGUAACUCUCUUCACAGGCAAGAUGAUCAGCUGGCUAGAAAUUAGUUUGUUGUAGCAUGGUCUGUGGGCUGUCAUGUUUCCACUGAAACGCUCAGCGAGACGUGCUAGCUCCCACCAUGUGUGUGAAAGGUUAUUGCUUGCAGGGUGUAGCACUGUUUCUUUGAACAGUGAUUUUUCAGAGAAUCCUGCUGCAGACCGAUCCCCCUCAGCAAUCUAUUGGACGGUUUUCAAUCAUAGUUCUAAGGCAACAGUCCCUGUUAGCAACAGCCAUGCAAAACAUAGCUAGCCCAGUUUUGCUCCCAGUGUCUACAGAAUCUAAGGGCUUCUCUGCUCUACACAUGCAAGCAAUCAGUGUUGGGGGAUGGCCAAACAGUCACCCAGCCAUGUUAUCACUCAAUUGGCUCUUGCCUGUGGAGAUACGACAGAAAAAUCUUAUCAGAUUGGUAUUACAGCCCUCUGAAGGUAAGGGGCCUGAUUCUCCUCCUACUUAUGCAGGUGUAAAUUAGGAGUUAACUCAAUUGAAGCCAGUGUAAAACUAGUUUGAGAUGAGAAUCCAGCCUAGGGGCAACUGAACAGCUUAGUGAUGUUGUUAGAACACCCAACACCUCGAGGCAAGACCAAACUGUGCAUUAAGAGGUUUGAUGGACUAUAAUACUAGGAUAACUUACCUCAAGUCAGCUUGCCUGCACAGCUGGACAUUAAGCCAUUGCACAUUUUCCCCCCUCUCCAGCCCAUAAGUGUCUCGGACGCCUCCCCUUAGUCCUAAAGUGCUUUUAAGUAAGAGCUUAUAAACUGAUCCGAGGUUCUCGGUACUGAAAUUGUAAGGUACCACUUUGGGAGCCAGUCUGGGGUCAGGUGGCUGGAGCAAGCUCCGAACUGUGAACAAAGCACCUUCUGAUGUCAACAGCAUUUAACCUCAGAGUGGGGGAUGCAUGCUGGGCCUGAGCCAAAGCCCACUCAAGCUAAUAGAGAGCUUUUCCACUGACUUCAGUAGACUUUGGAUCAGGCCCAUUAUAAAAAAACUGGAGGUAACUUUAUCACAAAUUGUUUAAAAUAGUAUUUUCCCAGUGAUAGGUAGCUAACAAAUAAAUAACCCCAGUGUAACAAUCACUGCGGGCGGCUCCUAGAGGGAAGGUGUCCUAACUGGCUGGUGAAAUGGUAAUUUCUCUCCUGGUGAAAUAUUCCAAGAGAACUGUGAUGCUCCAUCUUUAUAUCUACUGUGUAACAUAUUACAGAAAGGGAGCCCUGUUCCCCAGAAGCAGCAGCAGCAGCAGUGCCUUUGUGGGCACCGGCCAAUCCCCUUGGUCCCAGAAUGCUCUGCUUCUUUGUGAUAUAAUCCAUUACCACUCACUGAAAGAGAAUGUACCAUAGAACAGGUGAUCAGACUCUGAACGGUAAAGGCCAGGCUGGAGACUUUUAGAAGCCCAAGGGCCGGAUCUGAUUUGCAUGUACAAAUUUAAUUAAUGUGCUUUGGAUAAUUUCAAUUUAAAGCUAAGUACACCCGUCCCUUACACUCAGUCAGACUUGAUGGUGAACAGAAAUCACUUGCUGGUUGAGUUCAUCAGCAAUAAAACCCUGCAAUGGACAAGCUUUUUCCUCAGCUUGAUGCUCCAGUAUGAGUGGUGGUGUUUUAGGCCUCAGGAGGCCCACAGUUUGGACCCCCCGUUGUAGGACGCUCCCCUGCCUGUGUGUAUUAGUUUAUAUUAUAUGGCUUAGCUGGUCUCAUUAGUAGGCAUUCUGCCUUGGGGCAUCCUCUCUCCUAUUGUCUUCAGUGGAAGCUGUAUGCACCCAUGCAUUUGUGGGGACCAGACUUUUGCCCCGACGCAUUUGUGAAUCUUACAGACCUCCAGGGCAUUUCAUUGUCUCAAACUCUGAGAUUUUUUCCAGAGUUGGGGGAUCUUUAUAUUGUCCUGUUUCUUUUUGGGGGGUGGGGCUGGGGAUUAUUUCCCAAGGAUAGGGCUAGGGGAUACCUGCUUUUCCGUAUGCUUUCUUCUCUUGUCCUGGGGAGCAGAGGUUAAUAUUGGGUGUUUUGCUUGCGUAUCAUGUGCUACCGUUGUGUUUUCUUGCACAGAAAGCCACUCGAAUCACUGAACCGAUAAACUGCUUUGACACUACUAGAGUAUUAAUGUUUAUAAGCUUUACACAGCUAGUCUGGAAAUAGGCAGGGACUAACAGAUUGGUUUUUAUCAAAUUCAGGGAAAGAAUAAAGUUGGGACGUGUAACAGAUACCUCAGUAAAAUAAGCUGCAACAAUAAACUAUUCUCUUUCAUUAGCUGACUACAAGGAUCAGCCAUUCAGACUGUGAAUACUAACCCUUUCCCUAGCCUGAGCUUGAUACUAGCACUUGGCUUGAUGCACAUUUUGCUUAGAUCCAGAUAUUCCUGCUGAGCUGCCAGGUUUUAGGGACAGGGGUAUAGAAACCAGCAGCAGUUACAGGGUGGAGGGCUGGGAGUGGGUCGUGUCUCCUCAGCUCCAAUCCAUUUAACUCAGAAUGUUGAAGAUUGUAUGGCACUCAGGGGUUUUGAUAUUGCAGGAAGGACUGUUCCUGGUAUGACGUGUUCCGUUUUGCAGUGUGUCUAAUCAUCUUGAAACUCCAGAGCAACUAGGGUCUCGCAACAAGCGGCCGAAAGGGCCCAGCUGGAGGCAAAGGCACAGUGGGCCAGCAGCAGCCAAGCGCUCCGUUUUCAGAAUGAAGUGGGUGCAGAUGUGCUGUCUGGUUUCCAAACCAGGUCCGCAUAGAGAGCCACCUCCUGUCCUCUUACAUUUUAUACCAGCAUGUUCUGGUAGUGCAUGAAGAUCGAAAGGACGGAGUCCAGCUCAGAAAUAAGCCUCAAACUGCACAGGCGGAGCUGUUAGCAAUCGGCUCCUGGAACAAAUGUGAAUGUGUCACACAGUCCUUUCGUUGCUGUGUAUGAUCUCCAAAUGGAUUCAAACCAGAAGACAUUUUAACUGAACAGCAGCAGCCUUGCUACUAGUUUUGUUACCUAUUUAAAAAAAAGUGUGAUAGCCUAGGCAGUGAAUAAAUACCUCAGACGUCUGCUUCCAACAAGUGUCUGUAUAUGUUGUUGUUGGGUUUUUCUAUCUUACAUGUUAUCUGAAUGUUUAUAUUCCAAUAAACUUCUACCUCUUCAUAUGA